AACUCUGUCAUUUACAAUUAUAAUUCUCUGCUGUUUCUGAAAAUCUCAUUAAUAGCAUGUACCCUGCUGCAACAAUCCUAUGAUGUUGAAUCUUCAGAUGCACUGAAAAAUUCUCUGUCCUCCGAAACAUGUCACAGGUUUAGGAAGCAGAAAAUUAAGUAGCCAUAAAAGUCACACAGAACAUAAUGGUAUAUAUCUUUGAAUAAUUGUUAGUGCUUACAUGCUGCUACUGCUCUGCUCUUGUUUGGAAAAUGGUUUAUGUUUUAGGGGCUCACUGCCUGCCUUCCAGCUCAAGAGGACAGCUGCUGUAAAAAUAUGUCUGACUGAAUCUUCCAAAACAAGCUUUAUAUGUGAUUUCUGCUGAUUAGGGAGACAUCUGGGAAUCAAAUAAAUUAGUUAACUACCUCAUGAACCUUGAAUUUAGUGAUAACUUCACAGGGGGUUUGCAUAUAAAACAUCCUUCAGUUGAAAAUUGACAGCAUGGAUCUGGAUAGGCAGGGGGGGUAAAAUUUGGCAGAAGCUGCAUUCUCAAAACUGUCUGUCAUCUGGUAGUGUCUCUAAAAUCUGUCAAGUGCCUGGAUGGCUAAUACUGAACUUCCUGACUGCAGUAAGAAGACAGCUGGCAUUGGGUUGUAAGGUAGAUAGUCUAAUAAUUGGGUGCCAUUCUGCCUUUUGUGUAAAAAGACAAUUAACUUUUAGUUUGAUUACACUUCACUCCCUGUGCAUGCAUGCCCUCUUCCUUCAUCAUUCUUUUCUGCCUCCUUCUGCAGGUGACACAAAUUUGAGCAAUGAGAAGAGUGCACCUACCCCUGUAACUGCCAGGAGGCUCACAUCUCUCGGAUCAACAGCUGCUAAUGGGACUCUGAAGCCUAAAAGAGAUGUUCUCCUUAUGAAAGAGAAAAAGAAACAGAAGGCACUGGAGAAGGAGAUUCGUGCAUUAGUGAGAGAGCGUGGAGAGCAGGAUAAAAAACUUCAGGCUCUGGGUGAGGAUUUUGUUAAGAAUGAAGCAAAGCUGAGUGCUGCAGUUCAGGAGAAAACAUCUCUCUUGGCAAAUGUUGCAUGCCUGAAAAAACAGCUUCUGGAACUAAGAAGAACCAAUGAACUCCUAAAGUCAAAGCUGUCUGAAGAUGGCAUGCAAAAGAAAAUGAGCAGCCUGUGCCUGGAGUUAAUGAAGCUCAGAAACCAGAGGGAUGCUAAGGAAAAGACUGCACUUGCAAAGCAGGAAGACAUGGAAAUGAAGUUGCAGGAAGUGCAAAGAAAUCUAGAGCAUUCGCAAGGAAAAGUAGCACAGUUGCAAGAAAAACUGUCUGCUACUGAGAAAGAGAAAGUUGAAGAAAAGUCAGACACUGAAAAACUUUUGGAAUACAUCACAGAACUCAGCAGUGUUGCAGAAACAGUUGAGAAAUACAAACUAGAUGUUGCCCAGAUGGAGGAGACAGUGAUAAAGAAAGACCAAGAUAUUGAGAUCCUGAGGGCUACCCUCAAAACUAAAGAGGAAGAAUCUUUUAAACUGAUACAAGAACUUAAUGAUAGGUGUGAAUUGCUUCAACAAGAUAAAGAGAAAGAACUGUUGGAGACCAGAGGAAAAUUCCUAAGUAUGAAUGCUGAAAUAGAACAUUUGAAGAAAAAAAUUUGUUUAGAAGAACAAGAACACCAAAAACUGCUUCAGAAACAUGAGGAGAUGGUCUCUCAGCUGAAGAAAGAGAAGGAGUCAUCUGCAUCAAUGCACCAGCAGUUACUAGAGCUUCAAGAUGAGGUAACAAAUGAGAGGCGUCUUCUUGAAGAAGAGCUGAACGAUGCCAUGAAUGAGCUGAAUAAAUUGCAUGCACAGGAGAAGAAAGCUGAAAAGCUGGUGAAGCGGUUGGAGCAAGAAAUCAAAUCUCAAGCUCUUCAACUUUCACAGAUGGAAGUACAGCUGAAAGGGAAGAAUGCAGAGUUGGAGCAAAUCAAUGAAAUGCACAGCAAAGCUGCUCUGCAAAUCCAGGAAGAGCACAGCAAGACACUGCGUAAACUCGGAGAGACUGUUGCUGAGUUUGAAAGUUACAAGAAGACAACAGCUGAAGAAAUAAGCAGUCUUAAACUGGAGAACACUUCUUUGCAAGAAGAGGUUGUCAACCUAAAAAAAGUAGGCCAAGAUCAUCUACAGCUGCUUCAAGAAGCAGAAAACACUAAGAACAAAGCAAAAGAAGAAUGUGCAAGGAUGCUUUUAGACACCCAGACAAAGCUUGCACUAAAAGAAGCAGAAACAGAGAGAACAAAAGAGUCUUGCUUUGCACAAAUGACUAAACUUCAGGAAAAACUGGACAAGCAAACCGAAGAUCUGAAAAGAAAAUUCGAAAUGGAAAGACCAAGGAAAACCGUAAAUGAAGAUGUGACCUCCAGCUUAAAAGAAGAGAUAAAGACCUGGCGUAAGCUGUAUGAGGAUUUAUAUAACAAGACAAAGCCUUUUCAGCAACAACUAGACGCAUUUGAAGCAGAGAAGAAUGCACUCUUAAAUGAGCACGGUGCUGCCCAAGAAGAAUUGAAUAAGCUAAGUGAUGCAUAUGCUCAACUACUUGGCCACCAGAACCAGAAGCAAAAAAUCAAGCAUGUUAUGAAGUUGAAGGAAGAGAAUACCCACCUAAAGCAGAAUGUCUCAAAACUGCGUUCAUUGCUAGCCAAAGAAAAGCAAAGCAACAGAGAUCUUCAGGAGCAACUGCAUGCAAUUCAGGGUGCUCGGCGUUUCGAGCCUUCUAAAGCUUUCCAGCAUGAUAGCAAGGAAAAUAUUCCUCCAAAAUCUCCUUUUAGAGAAGGUAAUAAAAACAGAAUUUAGUCUCUUGGUACUAAGAAAAAUACCGUAAGUCACCAAUGAAUUCCCUCAUGUACUACAGAAGACUUCAACAGACUACUGUUCAAGGUGAACCUGGAUGCAGUAUAUAAUACAACUUAAUGGGAGUACUACAGGAAUGGUCUAAACCCAUAUGUUUUUCAAAAAACUAGGCUUGGUUAUGCUAUUACUGAGAAGCCAUGAGCAUACAGGUAACUAUGUUCCAGGUGCCUGGUAACAUCAUUGUGCUCUUUAACUCACCGAUUCAUGCUUUUGUGUGCUGGAGCUGCUUAGCUUGGUUUUGACAGAGAAACCAAGAAGAGGUGAAUAAGCACUUAAGAGUAAGGAUGAUGCGUUAAAUUUAGUGUCGUGAAAUAUGUUUUUUUUUUUUUAUUCUAGCUCAUGGUUUUAUAAUGUUUAAUUUUGUUUAUGGUUGUUUUAAUACCAGUGACAGCAAUGCUGCUAGGAGACACUUUCUUCUCUGGCCCACAUAAUACAGAACCAGUGCAGAAAACUGGACUGUACACUUUUGAUAUUCUUAAUGGGAUCUAUGUUCAGGACAUGCUAAUUUCAAUCCUGGGGCUGGAUACCGCAGCUGUUGAUCUUCAGAAGAGGAUUUGCUGCUCAAAUUCAAAUUGACUGCAUUUUAGGUGUUAGUAUACUGAUGCCAAGAUUCGUGUCUUCAGAGAAAUCUCUGUUCCACAAAUGCUGAGCUCACUGGACUCCCACAGUCAUAAGUUUGUAGUUGCUGUAAUUGAUCAAUGCUACCUGAAGGGGAGUAACAGUGGAACUUGUCUUGAUGAGGUGGGAGGAUCCCUGCUGUGUAGACACGUUUAUUGUACAGACCUGAAUUUUGGCAAUGUGGAAAGAAUCUGUUUGCGUUUAAAAUCUAAGAGUGUUUCAGCACAAUAAAAAUUUUGAAUUAAA